AUGACCAAGAUCACUAGCUUGCUCGGCUUCGCUGCUUUGCUCGCCUGGCCGUUUGUGACGGCUCAUCCGGGUGAGCAGCACGAUGCUGCACAGGUCAAAAGGGACAUCGUUGUUCGCGACAUGCGCGCCAGACAUGCUCGCCGAUCCUUGGAUCGAUGUGAAGGAUCUGUCGACCAUCAAGCUCUGGUGAGGAAAUCGAUUAAGAGACGCUCGGAGCAGCUUGAAAAGCUUCGACAGGCUCGAGGUAUUACAGCUAGCACUUCCCGAAAAUUUCGCCGCGAUGCCACUUCCUUUGCAGCAUUCGAGGCCACCAACCACAACCAGACCGGGAUCUUGAACUAUACGUCUUCCAUUGAUGCAUCCACCAUCUUUUCCGCGAACACAUCAUGCAUACUCGCGCCGGAUGUGACUUCAGGCCCGUACUAUGUUCAAGGCGAGCUGAUCCGCCAAAAUGUCAAGGAAGAUCUUGACUCCAGUGGAAUCGAUCUUUUUGUUGAGAUGCAGUGGCUUGAUGUCGAGACUUGCCAACCGAUCUCGAACAUUGCAGUGGACCUGUGGUCUGCUAAUGCCACGGGAGUCUAUUCCGGCGUCACCGCGUCUGGCAACUCUCCUGUCGGUGGAUACAACAGUACUUUCCUGCGUGGUGUGCAAAUUACCGAUGAUGACGGUGUUGUAGCCUUUGACACCAUAGUUCCGGGCCAUUACUCCGGACGCGCCACGCAUACUCAUAUCCUCGGCCACAUGAAUGUGACUGUGUUCUCCAACGGCACUUAUUCGCGCAACACGGGUUCUGUUACGCACAUUGGUCAACUAUUCUACCCGGAAACUCUUCGUGCCGCCGUCGAAGCGGUCGAACCAUACGCGUCCAACACCCAGACUGAAACUAGCAAUGCUCAAGACUCUAUCGGCGCUGCCCAGGCCGAUAACAACUACGACCCUUUCCCGCAAUUCGUCUACGUAGGCAAUGAUAUUUCAGAUGGUAUCUUUGCUUGGAUUCAAAUUGGCGUCAAUGCCAGUGUCGAUCUUACGAAUGCUGGCGACUACAGCGUUGCAGCUUACCAUGGCGAAGAUGGCGGCGAGGUCAACUCCAAUUCGAUGUUUGGAGAUGGUAACGGCGGCCCACCUGGCGGUGACUCGAUUAAUGGCACUACUCCGUCUGGUUCUCAACCUCCUUCGUCCGUGAACGGCACAAUGCCUGUGGCUACUAGUAUCAGUACUGUGACCUCGACUGAUUCCUCUUCGUUCUCAGCAUCGAACACGGCGUCUACGAGUACGGCGUCCGCAGCAGCGGCGUCUUCGGUCACUGUGUCUACUGGCGCAGGUCCACGCGUGAGCAAUGUUUUGGGUGGAUCUACCCUUCGGAAAGCCUUCUGUGCAACUUGGACCAUCGCUCUCUUGUUUCGAAUUUAG